AUGAGUUACUUGGCUCAACAUUGGGGUGCAAUUGACUUGUAUGUUGAGCAUGAGAUAGAUGAGGCAGAGGUUGUUCCAAAUUUACCAUUACUAGAACCUGAGCAUGCAAAACAUAUUCAAGAAGAUGUUGAAGAAGUUGAUUUGGAAAGCAAUAAUGAAGAUGGAGAUUCUGAUUUGGAAAGAAGUCCUCAAGAUGGAGCUGAUUUCGUUGAUGUUGAGUGCCAAAAUGCAGAAAAUAAUGAUGAGGACAUUGGAAGGGGUGGGGCAGAAGGUGACACUGAAAAUGUGGGUGAGAAGGAUGUGCAAAGUCAGUAUUAUGACUCUGAUGACUCGAGAUUCUAUGUUUGUUUUGCAGCUGUAAAGAAAGGGUUUUUAGAAGGAUGUAGCAAAGUAAUUGGGUUGGAUGGAUGUUUUUUCAAGGGGAUGUUGAAAGGUGAAAUAUUGAGUGCAGUUGGUAGAGAUGCUAACAACCAAAUGUAUCCUAUAGCCUGGGGGAUCGGAUUAACACGUGUGAUUAAAGAGUUGUUUCCUGACGCUGAGCACCGUAACUGUGCAAGACACGUGCACGCCAAUUGGAGUAAGUUGCAUAGAGGCAAAGUGUUGAAAAAACACUUCUGGAUGUGUGCAAAGACUACCAAUGAACCUGAAUUUCAAGAACAAAUGAAAUGUUUAGGAAAGAUGGACCCUACAACAAAAGUUGACUUAGAAAGGUACCCUCCAAGAUUUUGGUGCAAAGCUUUCUUUAGAACAACUGUCAAGUGGGAUGCUGUGGAUAAUAAUCUCAGUGAGGCUUUUAAUAGAACCUUGGUCAAAGCAAGAGUCAAGCCCGUUAUCCCUAUGUUGAAAGACAUAAGAGUAGGGGUGAUGCGGAAGAUUGCAAAAAAAAUUAAAUCGGUGGAAAGCUGGACUGGAAAUUAUGGACCAUUGAUCAUGAAGAAGUUGGAUACAAAUAUACAUGAAAGUAUGGGGUGGAAGAUUGAUUUCAAUAGAGAUGAUGGUUAUGAAAUUAAGAAAGGGAGACAACAAUUCAAGGUCAAACUUGCAUGUAGAAGUUGUUCAUGCAGGGCAUGGGAUCUUUAUGGUGUACAAUGCCCACAUGCAAUAUGCGCCAUCUUCGACGUUGGAAGGGAACGUCAUGAGUACAUUGACCCGUGCUAUUCAAAAGAGGCAUAUCUAAGGACCUACGUCCAUGCACUUCAACCAAUGAAUGGAGAGCUAUUCUGGCCAAGGACACAAAAUGAGGAGAUACUUGCUCCAAUUCCUUAA